AUGACAAGCACCAAUAUGCACUUGCCCGUAUUCAUCGCCAUCUUUACAACCAUUUUCAUUGUCCUCAUCCCUUCCUCACUCUCACAGAACCUCACAACGCCUGUACCGCCGAACGAAGCCUGCAGCAUCACCACCAACCCGGCCUUCUGCAGGUCCAUACUCCCCCGCCAAGGCCGGUGGGACCUCUACCAUUAUGGCCGCUUCCUCCUCUUUCGGUCCGUUCUUCAGUCCCGGACGUUCACUUUCUUGAUUGACCAAGCACUCAAGUUUAGUGCCACCACCCUCUCUGGCCAGGCAGUGGGCGCUCUCGAGGACUGCCUCCUCCUCUCCCAGCUCAAUUCCAACUUCCUCGACUUCUCCUAUACCAGUCUCAACGACACAGGCAACACCAACCUCCCCGACGACGAGACCGACGAACUCCACACCCUGCUCAGCGCCAUCGUCACCAACCAGCAGACCUGCUACGAUGGGCUCGACCAGGCUUCCCUCUUACCUUUCCUGAGAAGCAGACGCGAGGUCUACGACCCGCUGGUUAAUGGAUCCGAGCUGUACCGGUCCUCCCUCGACCUGUUCGCUCACUCCUGGCCCGGAGGGGCCACAGGCAGUGGGGCCAUUGGGGUCGCCAUC